AUGCGCAAACUUCCAAAAUAUUUCUAUUCAUCAUUUGAACGCGUACAGAACUUGAAAGAGUACUUUGGUGAUGCACUUGACUUGAGAAACAACCACGAACUUUUGACAUUAGCAAAACGCAUUGUGAUCAUUACUCCUCAUGAUAGAAAAUGCUAUUCGACAAUGUGGCAAAAAGAUCGUCAUUACAAUAAAACUAUAGUACUUGAAUUGAACAAAUUUCUUGACGAGCUUCAAUAUUUUGCAGCGAGACAACAAAACUUUCUACACGUCCUCUUUGUGUCUCGUUCGCUGAAGAGUCUCACAGGAGAAUGCACAAACACGGCCAUGAAUGAAUUCAAAACGAACAAAGCAUGGGCACAACUGUUUGAACAGGUUGGUCCUAGAGCAUUUGGCGAGCUUAUUUUGGAUCAUAUAGUCAUCACUAGACUCUCCGGUGGCGGAUAUUUCCAAAUUUCAGGAUACCCUAUAAGCCGAUUGCCUAAACCCAAGAUAAAGAAAAACAUAUUCAAGAGAAAAAGAGAAGAACCCAAAGACGAGAUGAUUGCCCAUCCGUUCAAACGUCCUAAAUUAUCAAGACGACAAAAGAAAAAGUUGAAAGUAGCAGAGCAAAAAGAAGAAGAGAAGCAUACAACAAAGCAGCCCAUUCCAGAUGAAUUAUUCAUCAACCGUAGGUCUAUUCGCUAUAUAUUGUCUGAGAUAAAGGACAUCGAUGGGGAAAUGAUGGCACAGUCUUCUGAUAAUGACAGAGGACUGAAAGAGAAAAUCGUGGACUUUCUCAAGCAUAUCUUUCCAGAAGAGUUUUCCACUAAAAACAGAAAGGCAAGUAUGCAAAGAAGGCGAUUUUUACAAAAAUAUCAAUCUAUUCAUCGAAUUGCUACCAGCAUAUAUAAAAGACAUCGUAGGAAUAAACCUUGUCAUCUGUUUAACAUUAUAUUUCCUAGAAAAGAGUUUGGUGGAGACGUUAUGGAUAUGGUGCUUCCUCAUGGCAAGGUGAUAUUGUUUAUAAAGACACAGUUGAAAAACGUUUUCCCACUCGAAUUCUGGGGUUCUCAACAUAACUUUGAUGUGGUCUGUAGAGCUGUCAAAUGCUAUGUGAGUAGAAAUAUGUAUGAAAAGCUAUCCUUGAGCGAAGUGUUGCAUCAGUUCAAAGUAAGUUGUUUUAAUUGUCCACCUUAG